UUCUCGGUUUUUGUUUUUCUUGUAAAACACCAAAUUCAAUCAGAUUAUUUGAAGGACAAUUGAUUGUUAAUUGCAUGCAAGUUGUAAUCUAAUAGUUUUUUCUCACAAAAGCGACUUUAAUGAAUGGACAGGAAUCGCUCACGUGUUCAAUUGUGUCCACGUUUGCGUCCAGAUGAAUAUAAAUAACAAUCGGUAAACUCGAAUUUACUUUCCCUUCAAAAUGAUUCAUUUACUGUUUUCAUGUAAACCUUUAUUCAGUUUCACUUUUCACAAGCUUACUCGUUACUCUUACUCCCAACUGAUUCUGUGCCUUUCUAUUUAUCUCAUGUUGAAACUCAGAGCAACAAGUUUUUCUAGUCAAUAAUAGGUAAUAAUGUAAAUCUCAACAGAAGAAUCAGUUUCAUUGAUAAGUAAACAUGGAAUGGGUUCACAAUCUAUCACUUGAAUCAACAAAUGUUUCACCUGAAUUCAACAUAUUCCAAGAAGAUUUUCGUUCAGCAAUCCAAGAAUUUAUAACUCGUAGUCGCCUGUCUGAUCCUUUUCUUCAAAAAUUUUUAACUCUUGUUUGGAUAUUCUUCAUUGCUUCCGGCCUCAUUUCAAAUUCAAUUCUCAUUCUUGUGAUACUAACAACACCCAGCCUUCGAUCGCCCAACGUUUUACUACUGUGUAACCUUUUCGUUGCCGAUGUAACUUAUACACUCUUCUCAAUGCCCUUUACAUUGACCACCAUAUUGAAUCGAUCCUGGCCAUUGGGUAAGUUUCUUUGUAAAACAAUUCCAUUCGUACAAACCAACACGGCCUUUGUUACGGCAGGAACUGUAACUGCUAUUGCCAUUGAUCGACAACAUCGCAUCAUUGGUCACGGCAAUCGUUUACAUCGAUCCAGUUUCCAUCGUUCUUCGUAUGGGUGCCGGGUAUCGAUAGUCAUUUGGCUCAUUUCGUUUGCUUUCUCUUCACCUUUACUUUACUUUCAAAGUUUAAAAACUCUUGUUCGCUUGGAUGACAAUCUAUCGCUCGAUGUGUGCCAAGAAACUUCAGACUAUCAACGAAUUCGAAUGGUUUAUCAUUCCAUGGUUUAUGGAUUUUUCAUUUUUGUUCCCACCAUUUCACUUGCUAUUUCGUAUCUUCGAAUACGUUCAUUUCUAAAGUAUAAUGGACUCGAGAAGAAACGGCAAACUCAUUUUCUUCAUCAUUCAGGAGUCAAUUCCAAUCAAGUUUCUAAUCUGGUGAAAAAAUUCGACUUCUUACAAAAAGAAAUUAAUUGUAACACCAAAGUUACGAUUAUAUUAUUUAUGGGAAUCUUUAUUUAUGUCAUCAGUUGGCUUCCUUUAUGUAUCUAUAACUUGUUUUUGGAAUUUUUUUCUUCUUCGAUCAGAACUUCUGGCUCCAAUAUAACCAUCAUAACUACAAUCUUUCAUGUGAUUGCUAUUUCUUCAGCUACUACAAAUGCCUUCAUCUAUGGUUACUUGAACACUAAUAUACAAAAAGAGUUGAACUCUUUCUUUACUAAAUUCAAUCCAUUUAAGUGAAUUCAAUUGAAAUGUAACAGAUGUGAUUGAAAUCGAAAAGCUGUGAUCUUUUUUUCAUUGGUUGCUUAAACAUGGAAACCACCAAAGCAUCGUCUUUAAAAGAGCAAAUAAGUUUCAUGGAAUGAGAUAAUGAUCUAAUUAUGAUAAUGAGAUAUAAUCUCAUUACUUCGAAUCUCCAUAUUCCGAAAUAAACGACACUUUUGAAGCAAAGCUUGAAAAACUUGUCAUUUGUUUAACCGGUUAAUUAAAUGAACUGUACUGAGUAGGCAUUUGUCUAUUCACAUUAUUUUAUCAAAUAUUCAAUUAUUAAAGAUUUAAAUUUUAUUCUA